AUGGGGGUACAGGGUUUGACAACGUUUGUGGAGGGAAACAGGGACUUCCUUCAAGAUGUGAAGUUCAGGGACAGCCCCCUGGUGAUCGAUGGCUGCAGUCUGUAUUUCCGCCUUUACUUUAACUACGGGUUAGAUCAGCAGCAUGGAGGAGACUACGAUGCCUUUGCUCAGCUGCUCUCCCAAUUCCUCAACUCUUUGGCAGCUUGUAACAUCCAGCCAUACGUGGUGCUGGAUGGAGGGAUAGAUCCCAGCAACAAGAAGUUUUCCACACUGCAGCAGCGCCUGCAGGCCAAGAUAAAGGAUGCGGACAGCAUCUCUCGUGGUCGCAAUGGCUCCGUCCUACCUAUCCUCACAAGACAGGUCUUCAUCCAGGUCCUCAUUCAAAAUGGCAUCCCGCUGGUUCAGUGUCCAGCGGAGGCUGACUGGGAGAUUGCUUGCUUGGCACACCAGUGGAACUGCCCUGUGCUGACAAAUGACAGUGACUUUUUCAUCUUUGACCUCCCAGGUGGUUAUCUGCCUCUCGGUUCUUUCCAAUGGAACAACCUCAACGGAAAAGCGUCCCACCGCUACAUCUCCGCUCGCCGAUACACCACCAGCCGUUUGUGCCGCUGGUUUGGGGGCAUGAACCGCGAGUUGCUGCCCCUGUGCGCCGUGUUGGCCGGGAAUGACUACAGCGCUCCUAAGGCGGUGGAAACGCUGCUGGAUCUGAUAGAGGGGACGACGUACGGGGGCGGGGGCAGAGGUCGGGGCAGGGCUACUCCUCGGGUCGCCGGCCUCCUCGGUUGGCUGUCGUCUUUCUCGAGCGUGGCGGAGGCCCUGGAGGAAGUGAGCAGGCUCAUGUGCGAGGAGGGUGGGAGAGGCAGGAGAGGACAGAGCAGUGGGCUUAGCUCCCAGCUGUGGGCAGCCAUGCAGGAGUACUGCAUCGAUGGUCAAAGCUGGUUGGCUCGCUGGUUCUCCGAAGGCACGGCAGCUUUUAGAGGGAAGGCCUCCGGUCUGGCGCAGCUGCCGGACUGUCUGUCCCUGGCCGCAGCACAGGGACUGUUGGCUCCCUUGGCUGUGGACGCCUCGGUGAUGCGGAGGGUCCUUCUCAUCCCGCAGGUGGAGAACAGCAAGCUAGCCAGCAGCCACUGUCCUUCCAGGGCCAUACGACAGGCCGUUUAUGGGUUAUUACUGCGGACAGAUACGUACAGCGCAACUCCAGGGAGGGACGAAGGUACACAAGGAGCAGGAGGGGAAAAACAGACGGGAACCAGAGGUGGGAGAGGGAGAGGGAGAGGGGGGAGAGGGGCACCGCGCCACAAUGUAGCUGCGCAUCAUGGGGUAAACGCAUCGCUAAGCAUGGAGCAAGCGGCCAGUGCGGCAGCAGUUCAGGGCUUUAGCACCCAAAUCUUUGUUGAGGAGUAUGACCGUUUGGACCUAAACUUAAAGAAAAACCAAGUGGAGGCGCGUCUCCUAAAGAACCAUAUACCACUAGCUGGACUUAGUCAGACCCCCGUGGCGGUUCGACUCGGCGUGCUGCUUGAAGUCUUGGGGGUGAAGGAGUCCGCCCUGGCGCCUGCUCCUCGCCACCUGCAGCUGGCCGUGUCGGUGACGGGAUUCUGGCUGCGGGAGGCCGUCCCAGCACCCUCCCACAUCGCGCUGCAGGCCUUGGUGCUCGGCAUGGUUUAUGGAGAGCUGUCCUCCAACAACCAGCCCGGGGCGACACCACACAAACAAGCUGCCCCACGGCCAAACUGGGCAGCGGAGCAUAGAGUGUGCGUGGCGCUGGAUCGACAACGGCUGAGGCCCGGGGAGAGGCGAGGCGUGGACAUCGGGGCGGCCCACAGUCUCAGCCAGUGGCAGUCCUGCCUUUGGAGCGGGCUGUUGUUCAGUGGCACACUGGUACACGGCCUCCUCCGGUAUUUGAAAGGGGGCCGGGCAGCUGAGUCCCUUCUGCCUGAAGGAUCCUUAUCUGGACAACUUUACUCCUCCCUAAUGGAUGCUGUGAGGGACUGUAGCUUGAAAACAAACCCCCUCUCUUCUGCAUCAGGGAGAAAGAGGAGAGGCAGAUGCAGAGCGAGAGGAGGGAGAGGAGGGAGAGGAAGAGGGGGAGGUAGAGGAGGAGCUCAGGGUGGGGCGAGGGGCGAAGAGGAGAUAAAUAACAGGUUUGCUCUUCUCAUGAGCGAGGAGGAGUACGACGACUGA